UUUUUAUUACAUGCCCAUAUUUUAUCAUGGUCAGGUGAUACUCCAGGAUUGACCAAACUCAUGCAAUUAACUGGCCAUAAUUCAUAUAAGGGGUGCCGGUUUUGUGAUAUUCGUGGUAUUUACUUAAAUCAUGUGUAUUUUCCUACUAAACCACCUAUGGAAAAAGAAAAUGAAUAUGAAAGAUAUGAUCCUGAAAAUUUACCUUUGCGAACUCAUAGGCAGUUUAAAGAUCGAAUUUUUCAAUUAAACCAAGCAAAUUCAAAAAGAGAAAGAAAAGAAUUAGAAACUGAAUUUGGAAUAAAAGGGCGUAGUAUACUCUUUAACCUUAAAGCAAUUCAUUUUCCAAAUUCUUUUCCGAUUGAUCUAAUGCAUCUUAUAUAUGAGAAUAUUGCCUAUUACAUGUUUAAAUUAUGGACUGGAACUUUUUUUAAUGAUAAUAGUGAUCAAAAUAUUGGUGAUUAUAUUCUUAGCCAAUCUGAAUGGAAGAUUAUCGGUGAAGAAAUGCAUCAAGCACGGAAAGAGUUUCCAACUUGUUUUGGACGACCACCACGCAAUAUAGUAUUAUACCAUAAAGGUUAUAAAGCUAAAGAAUGGGCUGCCUGGAUUACCAUGUAUUCAUUGCCUCUUUUGAAAGGUAGAAUGCCACAGAAACAUUACAAAGGAUGGGCAAAAUUUGUUAAUGCUGUACGUUUAUGUCAAAAAUUAUCAUUAACAUCUCAAGAUAUAAAUGAUAUUAGAUUUUUAUUUCAGUCUUUUUAUGAUUAUUAUGAAAAGUAA